AUGCCGUUGAAGGAGACGUCGACGGCGGGAACGGUUCCGCUGCCGGUGGCUUCAAUGAUGGCGGGCUUAGCCCGUUCAAGAAGCCAGUGGAUUGUCAUUCCGUUAGACUUGUGGCCUAGCUCUCGCAUCAGUUGGAAGAUUCUGGCUGCACAAGCCCCUGGCAUGCGGAUUCUCCUACCACAACCCUCAACUUUGGUGUGGCAAUCCUUGGUGGACCUCUUUGGUGGCGCCGCCACCAACGCACUCGUCGUGGCGAAGGCGAUGACAUCACUGCAAGGGACUCCUUUGGACAGAAACCAUCCAAAUCACUGUUAG